AUGACUGGCACGCGGGCCGCGGCUGGCGUGUCUGGUUCUGAAUACCAAGAAAUGGGAACACUUCAGAAGUUCCUCGCCAAGCAACCAAAAGCAUCCAUCGACGCGGACCAAGUUGGUUUGCGGGUGGCCAGGAACUGCAUCCUCUCACCUGAUUCUGGAAUCUGGAUUUCUUCUUUGCCAGCCCUCUCGGCCAUUCUCUUCGUGUCUCUCUUCAGUCUCGGCUUUGCUCUCGGCGCUGCCGUCUGUUCUUGGGGCCUGAAGGCUGCUGCGCCAGCGCGCCCAUCCCGUCGCGGCGUUGCCUUGACUCAACGCUCUCACUGUGCCAUGAAGAGCCAUGGCGUCUGCAAGCAAAUGCAAAAGCUCGGCGAGGCUGGGCAUUUACGCGACGUCCAAAACAAGACUGGCACUCUUGGGGCAUGCGGAGAGGUUCCAGGGCCCAUUAGCGCUCGUAAAUCCGUUCAAGCCCCCCCGGACGCCACCUGCGUAGUGCUAACCAGGGGACUUAUCCUCGCAUUUUCACCCGUCCGACCCGUCGCCUACGACUCCAUUGCCGUGCAGGCGUUUGUCCCAAUGAAAGAUACCUCUCCUACACCCCCUGGUUUUUGUGGCUUGCGAUUAAUCUUGGAUUUCUAUGUUGCCUCGCGAAACUCGAUACUUAGGUAUCUGAGCUCGACGGCGCGAACGACAUGA